CGUCCCAUCUUCCUUCUUUCUAAGUUAUUGUAUUUGUUUAUAAGUCCCAACAGUCGCUGCUAUGACUCUCGAUUCCGCCCGUUUCGAACCCCUGAUACACCAAAUUCUAUCGGCUCCAGGAACCGACUUGUCGACAAUCAGCGCAAAGCGCGUUCGGCGCCAACUUCUUGAAAUCGAUUCUACAUUGACUCCUGAAUAUAUCAAGGAACAUAGGGAAGAGCUCGAUACUCUGAUAUCAGCCGUGUUUGAGCAAGUCAGCGCCGAGCAGGGUGCGAACCAGGAGGAGGAACAGGACGAGGAAACAUACUCAGCGGACGAAUCCCAUACAUCGCGUAAACGACACCACGAAGACGACGGUGACGAAGACCACGCGGACGAUACGUCUCCGCCACCAAAGAAGGCCAAAAAGAGUGCCAAAGGUAGCCAGAAGCUUAGCGACGAAGAGCUGGCUAGGAAGCUCUCCAACGAGAUUAAUGGACGCACGACAAGGACUGGUGGAAAGGCUCGUGGAACCAAGGCGUCCAAAGGCGGACGGGUCAGGAAGAGUGCGGCCACGGUCGACUCUGGAGGUGAAUCUGACGAAGAUGAAGCACCCAAGAAGAAGUCGAAAAGGCGCAGUGGAGGAGGCGCUGGAGGUGCGAAGGGAGGCUUUGGAAAAGAAUUCAUUCUGAGCGAGCCACUGUCAGCUGUUGUCCAGGCUGAAAAGAUGUCAAGACCCCAAGUGGUCAAGCAACUGUGGGAGUACAUUAAAGGCAAUGACCUCCAGAACCCGAAGAACAAGCGCGAAAUUAUGUGUGACGCCUCUCUCAAAGCUGUCUUCAAUCGCGACAAAAUCGACAUGUUCGCGAUGAACAAGGUAUUGGGCCAACACCUCCAUGAGCCCGAAAGCUGAGCGCUCCA